GCCCAACGUCACGUUAAAGUAGUUUUAGCGCGACUGGACAAGACCCUUGCUCAUCUAUCUUUGCGCAAACUCCGGAUUUACUUUGUACAACAGCACGACAAGCUGUGGAAUUCUCCCUAGACAUCACUUUCAAGUCAGGAUUCUUUCGCAUCGGAUCUGAGACCUGACAUGGUUUUACCCAACACACAUGCGCUUUACCAGACGUGCGCGCGAGAUUCUCAAUCUUCGCUGAGCGCGUCUCCCAAGUAGACCAGCAACCAAUGUUUCAACCCAUGUUUUCUUCAAGUUUCCCCAUCUGGUAGAUGAAAAUCAGCAACGCGAACCGCAUCCUCGAAAUUUGCGCUCGCCUUCUCGGACACAACUCGAGCUAUGGACGACGAAUUCUCUCGCCCGGCGAAGCGACCCCGACGCGACACCUCGAUGCCAUCAUCAUUCACAAUCGAUAUUCCCCUGCACCCCACCUACUACAGGGGCGCACACCCUCCUCCCGGCAAGAUUCAGCUCCUGCCAGAACAUAGCGAUAAUACAGCUUACAUUAUCGAGAAGAUUAUCGAUCCCAACGGCCGAAAACUGCCGGAAACGGCACGCAAGCGACCUUUUUACAUCAUAGGAUGGAGAGAUCCAGAGCUGCGAGAGGCCCGCGUGGGGGUGGAGUGCAUGCGCGCGUAUACAUACGUUUCACCACGACAAGUAGAAGAGUUUGAAUACCAGGACCUGCUGGCGCGUGAGGCGGCCGAAGAGCAGGAGGCGCGAAAGGAGAUUGAUGCUUUGAUCUCACAGCAACAGCAGCGACAAGAGUCACAACCGGCCGGCGCGCCCAGGAAACGAGGUCGCCCGGGUCGACCGCCGAAAAAGAAAGCCACCGCAGAUGAGGAUGAGAGUCACCGUGUGCCUUCGCUUUCCACGCCACAGAAAAGCCGGCUCAAUUUAUCUGCUGAUAAUCUGCAGGACUUGCAAAACGAAAUGGAGCACCGCAUACGCAGCCAAAACAAUACCAUGGUACUAGACGACGACGAAGACGAUGAAGCUGAGGAGGAUGACGAAGAUGAAGACGAAAUGCUCCAGCGCGUACUGCUACAACAGGCAGAAAGGAACAACAAGGCUGAGCGGCUUGAUAGCGAUUUUACAAUCGCAAUACCCAGCCGUUCCGCUCCACGAACACAGCCGGCGUCUCGUCGAGGUCGUGGACCAGGCCGCCCGCCCAAGGUCAAGCCCCUGGACAGCCAUCAGACCGUUGUCCCACGGGCGGAGCCCAGCAGGCGAGGGUCAGGUGUUAGGCCCACCAGAGGCACCAAGCAGCGUGUCCCGGACCGUUCCCCGGCACAUGCCCCACAAAGCCGACAAAGCACCCCGGCGCCGUCUUUGUCCGAAUCAACUAUCGUGGCACGUCCAGCUUUCCCCAAGCAAGCAUCGCUGGUCUCCUUACAUGACAGUUCCAUCUCAUCUCGCUCCGGCGAGUCGCCCAAAGAUGUGCCUAUCGCACAACGGACGACUUCAGCCAAAACCAAGCGAGAAUCCACCACGCCCAUCCCAUUACCGAGCUAUGUCACAUCGAUGUCGAAAGAUGCGACUCCGAGUCUGGGGCUCCCACCGCUGCCAAAGGCGCGGGAAGAUGAAGCAGUGACUGACGAGGCAAUGGAUGUGGACGCGCCUGAUGAGUGGGAGGUUCUGAGGCUUGAGGGCGUCAGAGUGGAGGAACACGACGGGGUAAAGACUCGCUACUUCAAGGUCCGGUGGAAGGGUGAUUGGCCGCCCGACCAGAACCCGUCAUGGGAGUCGGAGGAUUGCAUAGAUCGUGCCACGGUCAAGGCAUUUUUGAAGCUUCGCAAAGAAAAGAAGCAGGAAGCUUCCACAAAGCUCCGUCCAGCAACCUCUGCCGCGUCACCCGGACCGGCUAGUGCCAAGACUCAGGGCACGCUCAAAGGAUGGCUGCAGCCUGGGAGAGGUGCUGCGCCUGUGCCUUAGGAUGUGUGGUGGGAUCAUCAGACAGUCACGUCAGGCCAGGACUUUAUACCUGUCUUUGCUGGUCCUUCAAUGGGUCAACCAAGAGGCUGUCUGUCUGGGAACGAAGAUACCGAACAAGAAAAAAGUAAAACAAAGAAAAAAAAUAUCAGAACCAAGAUCAAUCCUUGGUAGAUUCUCUAAAUAAAUUGCAGAUGUCUUCCGCCUAGACUUUGCCCCUUGCCCGGUAAGGGGUAGGGCGGUUAGCAUACCUGCCCAGUUGGCCAAUCCACAAAGAAAGUUCAGUUUGUCGUGGAGCUGUAGAACCAUGAACUCGCCACGAAGUGUGCUCAACCUGCACCGGCUAGCUAUAUGGACAUUUCUGCCACCCUUGGUUUGCGAUUAUGUCGAGGGCUCGACAUGGUGAGACUGGUACGGAUGCGGGAAGUUGAUAUACUACUACAUCCCACCCACCACAACCUUUUUUUUUUUUUGCGACUUACUAAUAGCCUCUUUCGAGACAUUUCUGCUGGAUACCUCCAAAGGGUGUAAUGAUACCACGCCCAUCACAAGAAUGCUACAACACACCAGACAUCGUUUGCCGCUACUUCCAUUGCGAAGAUUGGCCGCCAUCAGAAAGUUACAGUUGGGGUGUGGACCAGCAAGACUGCGAGUUUUUUUUUAACCGUGGAAUCCAUUCGGUAAACAUGGCACGUGGUCAUGUAAUGUUGAAAUGUAUGGCAUAAUGUAACACAGUCUAGGUACGAAUGCCUACCUAUUGAUCAACAGCAGCAUAGGAAAUGCAAAGGGGCGCGCACAUACCAUCAUCGAGAUAGGCGCCCUGAGAUAUUGCUGGACUGGGAGCUGUCGGGUUACUACCCAGAUUAUUGGGAGUACGUCGAGGCCAUGCGGCGGCCAGCCUGGAUGUCGGGGUGGGUGAGAGACAGGGCGUUGGAGAAAAUCAUCGAGCCCUGGAGGGAGGAUCUGUCGUCAUCUGGAAUACCCUAGAGAUCGUAUGGUAGCUAGGGGCUCUGCUCGAGAUGUGGCUCACGGCACGCCAGCCGUCCGGUCAUGGAGAGGUUCACAAAGUGGUCAGCCGACUGGGGAGCGAAGAAAAUUUACAAGGUCACCAAACUCGUCCGGGAUCUUGUACCAGUAGCCGAGGUUUACGUAAAUAUUCAGCUCGACUUUGUAACCUGCCUUUCUCGCUGUCGCCGCCAUUGCCUCGCCCAACAAGAAAGGAAAGCUUUUCGUCGACACUGCCAUGGCCGAG